AUGCCAUCGGUGGCUAGCAUAAUUGAAGACUCAAAAUACUCUCCAAAACCGUCGGAAGAAGCAACUAUCGAGAGACACAUUUCCAACAUCCCUCAGCUGGGAUAUCGAGGUGACGGAGUGGUUGUGGGAGAGCUUCCGAAAUCUGUGGCGAAUAAAAAUUCGAGACGAGCGGAUUUGAAGUCUCUCAGGGAAUCCUUGAACAGAAUCAGGAGAGAUCCUGAAAGAUUCUUCGAAUAUCAAGACCCAAAGGAGUUUCUCAACCCGCCCGCUUGGAAUCAGGCUCAGCCAUCAAACAAGCAUUCACAAACAUUGGAUCAAAUUCAUGAGAAAAUCGAAACAACCCAUCCCGCUUUGAGUAUGAAGAGGCUUGUCUGCGAAACGAUCUAUUUCUUCUCCAAGCACCAGCUCAUAUCGCAAUACAAGCUUGGCAUCCUACUCUCCGGCAAUCUCGCCUCACAGGCUUUCUCAAGACACAUCCUAGAAUCGUUUGCUGUUGACCAUACCAUUUCAAGGAAUUGGCUUCCUUUGAAUUUGAAAAACAUCCUCAACAAUUGGUUCCACUUCUCCUGUGGGAAUAUGUUCGAAGGUAUGCCCGAAACAUCCAAGCAGACUUUUCUAUAUUACUUCAACAGGAUAGGGUUUGAGUACUACCGGUAUUACCCUGCAGAACUAAGGAAUCAAAGGUUGAAGGGUGCAAUGAAUGAAUUGGAAGACUUGUUAUUCGACAAGAAUCCAACGAGGCCCGAAAAUCUGGUGAAUGCAAGUGGGAAUCAAAGAUCAUUUAGUCUCAAUGUCAAGAGCAGUAGCGUAGAAAAACUGGCCAGAUUGUUCAUUGACAUUCAGCAACAUCCGGAUUCACCAUCCGAACUGGCUCAUUUAUUUCAAGUCAUCGACUAUUUCAACAACAUCAAUCCCAGAGCCUUCCAAACAUUCAAGGAUACACCCGAUUUCCAAACCAAGUUUGAUUCGAUGUCUUCAAGCCGCCAGUUCCUUGCCCAACUCGAAAACCUGCAGAUCUAUUUGGAAACUGAAUUCAACCAAAGACGGUGGUUGAAUUCGAUUUUUGAUCAGUCAACCGUCAAUCCCAAAUCAAUCAGUCCUCUGGAAGAACUUCAAAUCUUGGCCAAGUAUAUCAAAAUCAUCGAAGCAAAGUAUAUCAAAAAAUUCGGAAUGGUUACGGAAUCCAGCCAACUCUACCAAUAUUGUCAACAUAAACUCUUUCAAGAAUGCUUGAGGGCAACCAAAUCCAUGAUGCUAAAACUUGUUACAUCAUCUUAA